AACAGUGCAGUUCUCUAAAUCACGUGAAAUAAGAGUCUAUUAAUCGGGUUAAAUUUCAGGAAACACAUUUAAAAGUAGGAAAUUUGAGGGUCGUUUCUACGGCGACACGAGCCGAAGUCGAGUUGACCGGAAACUAAGAACGGGUUGUAACGGUACAUGCGCAUUAAUGAGUUCUAGUGGUCCAACAUAAACCCGAUUGAAUCAAGAACAUGGCUGAACAAGGCAGGUACGGCAGACGUAAACAGAAAAAUCCAAGGCGAAAAAACGUAGAAAAUGAGACGUCUGUAAAUGAAUCAACGACAGUCGAUAAAAUCGCUGCAGCAAUCUCCCGCAAACAAACAAAUGGACUUACUGACAGCAUUAAAGAUAAACACGAGAACAUCCAUGACAGUAAAGUUGAAACCGAAACAAAUAAGGCUGAGUUAAUGCAACAAAAAGAAAAUCUAUCGCCUAAAGUAAAAACAUGUCUGGGUGAUUCUGAUGAAACAAUAAAAGAAUUCCUGGCCAGAAGUGAUACAGCAAUAAUUUAUCCCGAACCUGUCAGUGACCAGGAAGAUAACACAAAGGAUACAGAAUUUAUGUCAGUAGUAGAUGAAGAAUACCAAUUAAAAUGCAUCUACUGUUCCGAAUGCUUCACAAAACCAUCUGUACUCCGUGAUCAUCACCGAGCACAACAUUCAGAUCAACAAAUCAAAUUCCAGUGUCCAAAAUGUAACGAAGCAUUUGAUUUAAAAUCUGUUCUCGAUAAACAUCUUUCUCUCCAUUCCCCAACUUCCCAGAUCUGUAAAACCUGCAACAAAACCUUUGCGAACGUCUACCGUCUGCAACGCCAUAUGAUCAGCCAUGAUGAAAGCAAUGAUCUGCGGAAAUUCAAGUGUCCAGAAUGUUCCAAAGCUUUCAAAUUUAAACAUCAUCUUAAAGAACAUAUCCGAAUUCACAGCGGAGAGAAACCUUUCGAAUGUCCGAAUUGCAGCAAACGCUUUAGUCAUUCCGGAUCUUAUAGCAGUCACAUGACAUCCAAGAAAUGCUGGGCAGUUAAUAUGAAGGGCCGUCGUGUCGAUCGUAAUGGAAAUAACGAGAGUAGUCUGUAUUACAGAUCCCCGACAACUUUAAACUCCACUAUUCCCAUUACGCAAGCACCAAGUUAUUCUCCGAUGAUUAAAUAUGAUCCACGAUCAGCCCUUCCAGCUUAUUAUUCCCCACCAAUAACCACAAGAAUUCCAACUGCACAUAUCCCAACCACCACAACUAUCAUGACUUAUGGCCUGUAUUCCCAUAAUCCCUAUUCUACCUCUGUGCUCGCAAAAGCACUCAGUGCUCCAACCCUUGAUGGUCUCAAAACGCCUCAUGGAAAAAUCUCAUCAGGAUCAAGCAUGUCACAAAUUUCUCCGGACGUCAAUUCCAAUACUCAAUUGCUGAAUUCAUGUGGCGAGAAAAAGACUAGAUCUGCUGAAUUGGAAGUUAAGUCCAAGGAUGAUGCUGAUGACGCCUCUCGUGGAGCUGAAGCCAAUUCACCUCAUGAGUCAUCCAAAUGUGCCAAAAUGGCUGAGAGUGAAAUGGUUGGAGAGGAUGGGAAACCAUUGAGUAUAACAGAUCUGACUUGUCGAUUCUGUCACAACUGUUUUAAAAGUCCAGUUGAGUUACAUCAACAUGAACGAUAUCUAUGCAAGUCAAAUAAGGAUAUAACUUUACGUAUCUCAAGCUCAGAAACUUCCAGAAAUUCUCCCAACAGCAUCACAUCAGAAGCUAGUCUCAGAGGAACUCCAAAUGGAAGCCUGAAUGAAACUUGCAGUGAAGAAGAUGAUGCUGAUGAUGAAGAAUCACAUGGUCCAGAUGGAAAAAAAUAUAGAAUGAGAUCUUUGAUCAGUGAUGAACAAUUAGCCGUUUUGAAAACCCAUUAUCAGUUGAAUCCACGACCAGGGAAAGUGGAACUAAUGAAAAUAGCAACAGAAAUUGGUUUCUCCAAAAGAGUUGCCCAAGUCUGGUUCCAGAAUAUGAGAGCACGUGAUCGAAGAAGGGGUAAAGAUGUUCCCUAUUUUCCAAACAUGGCUCGUUUUAAACACAAUGAUGACAUCCCCACGACCACGACAACAUCGUCAUCAUCAUCCCUUGGAUACAUACCUGUUGUUCCACAACCUUUUGCAAACUUUGCUCCAAGCAUCACCAGUACGCCUGUCUCAAAACUUAAUAGUCAUUUCAUGAGCAAACCAAUCACCAGUUCAAUUAAAGGGAAUAGUCAAGAUGAACCACUUGACCUCAGCGUGAAGAAACAACCUCCUGCAGCCCACAGUGGAAGUUCAUCACCAGCUCUGUCCAAUAAAUCGUACGAUGAUCAAGUUCUUAAUCUCAGCUGUAAGCCAUCCAUUAUCAAGGACGAACGGCCAAUCAAAUCAGAAUGUAGUAUACAGGGUUCUGCCAUAUUUAAGUACAUGCAACAGGAAGGAUUAUUUCGCACAUCAGCACCAGGAGAGGGUUCUAAACCUUGGUUAUCGCAUUCCAGUCCUACCAUGCUCAAUUCAAACAAACCAUCUCAAUCACCUGCAUCCUGCACCAGCAGCCCUCCUCGACCAAUCAAAACAGAGGUAUCAGAUAACUCAGAGAGCCAGGUAGAAGAAGCUGGGCGAUUAGUUAUUGAUGAAACCAGUCCAGAAAAGGCAGAUGUUAAAACAGAAGUAACCAGUCAAAUGCAGUUUGAUCCACUCGAAGUUAAUCAGAAUCUGGAUACUUUAGCAACUGUUUCCUUGGCAGCCUUGGAAAGUGAAUAUGAUGAUGACCUUGAAAGCAACAAAAAUAAACGGCAACGUAAAAAGUCAUGGAGACAGGUUGAGGCAGAAGAAAUUGCUGUAGAAAUGGAUGAUUCUUUGAGUCAGGAAGAUGAUGAACCUGCGAGAAAGAAACGCAAGUCAUGGAAAAAUCAUCGUGUAGAUCUUGAGGUUGGAAUGUAUGCAUGUGACCAGUGUGAUAAAUUAUUCAGCAAACAGAGUUCUCUCGCUCGACAUAAGUAUGAACAUUCAGGUGCACGUCCCUUUACAUGUGAUGUCUGUCCAAAAUCCUUCAAACACAAACAUCACCUAACAGAACAUAAACGUCUUCACAGUGGUGAAAAACCUUUUAAAUGUAAAAAAUGUAACAAAAGGUUUAGCCAUUCAGGUUCGUACAGUCAACACAUGAAUCAUCGUUACAAGUACUGUAAACCAACAGACGGAGAUCUAGAUUAAAAAGAACAAACUCAGCAUCUCAUCAUCAUGUGGAGGUAAUAUAUAUAUUCACCAAUAAGAUUCGUCCUAAGGAAAGAAAUACACGUAACUGCAUCCAUGUCCUCUGUUCCUAUCAAAUGUGAUCAAAGGGGAAAUAACUUUUAAUAGAGGGAGAUAACUUGUCUCAUUUCUCAUACCAACCCAAUUCCAGCACAGAUUAAUAAGAAGAUUUAUUAAUGUUGUUAAUAAGUCUUAGACUAAAAUCUAAAGAUUUUUUUUAUAUGCAAUCAAAACAUUUCAUUGUUAAAACCAUUGAUAUUAUUAUUAUUAUUAAUUAAGAAUUUUCAUUUAAAGUGCUCAUUAUUAAAAAUGUUACUAUACUAUGUUAUUUUUUUGUAAAUAUUUGCAUGACAAAGCUUUUUAACAAGGAACUUGGGACCACGAUAUUUGUUCCGAAAUAUUUUAUAAUGGUUAAUCCAGGAUGUUAAUUUAUGUAUUGUAAAUGUUUGUUCGUUUCCGCAGAUAUUUUUGGCGGAUAUUAGGUAAUUGAUAGCAUUACAUAAUUAGUACAUAGACCUUUUAUGUAUAAUAUUUACACCUUUAUGUAUGUCUCAUUUCUUCCAAAGGUAACAGUAUUAGAUUUAAUUAGCAUAAUAUAUUUAAACAAGUUUGCAUUUUACUUAAAUAUACACAGUGUCAAAUAUGUCCUGAAUCUUCCAUAGAAAACAGUAUUAGAUUUGAUUAUGCAUAUAUAUAUAUAUAUGCAUAAUUUUGCAUAAAUUUGAUGAUUAUGAUAUUGUUACAUUGUUUUUGCUUUUAAAAUGGCUUCCAUAACAAAACAUAUUUUUUUGAGAUUUUUAUUUGUUAAUACCUGUUUUUUAAUGAUCCAUUUAAAUAUUCCUUUGUUUCAAAAAUCUGUUGUUCUCCAUUUAUUUUAUUGUCUCAUAUUCUGCAGAGUUGGUCAAAAGUUGGAAAAUCUUUUUGAUAUUUAAUCUUUUAUUAUUUAACCAGUAGUUAUUUCUGCACAUACAUGUAAGUCAUGUUUAUGAAUGCAAAGUGCUUCCAGAAUUCAAAGUGCAUCCUGUGUGCUGAAUCAAAAUGGUUAAAAUCAAAAUCUUGUAUUAUUCUCAACCCACGAUUGCAAAACUUAACAUUUCUAUAUCGAUUUUAUUUAUUUAUUAUACAUUUACUUCAUAAUAAUAUUAUAUUGAUGAAAGCAUUAAUGCCAAAUUUCUUCACAAGAAAGCAUAAAUCUAGUCAUUUAAUGAAUAGUCUUCCACUUUUUCAUAUAAAAUUGCAUAAUUGCCAAAUCAUUUAUUAUCUUUAAAUUGAAAAUAUAAUCAAAACAAUUCACACUCACCGAUAAAUGUGCAUAAUUGCACAAUAUAAUAAAGUGCUUAUUUUCUAGUCAUAUUCUUUUUAUUAUCUUAAAUCAAAAUCGCAUAAUUGCCAAAUAUUCUAGUAUUAGUGCCAAUCUGGUCGUGUGUGUUAGUAUGGUUUGAGCGAAUGUCCUUUUUGUGCCAAAUAUUUAGUCAUCUUUACCGGACAGUAUUAAUGGAAUGACCUCCCCUUGUCGGGUGCAGGAAACUCCAAUCGUCUUCCAAAGAUUAAAGCAAUUUAUAAUUGCUAAAUUGUAUAAAUGGAUUUGUUUGAUUGUGAAUUUGAAUGGAUUGAGUUUUGAAUAUAUUGUGUAUGAAGUCUGAUGUGAGUUUUGAAUAUAUUGUGUAUGAAGUGUGAUGUGAGUGUUUUUAAAUAAUCAGUAUUAUUUUCUUGAGCCUAAAAUCAAAAAUAUGUAUCAUAAUAAUUUUAUGUUGUGUUAUAUGUAUUUUAAUUUUUGUAUAUAAUAAAGUUCCACACAAAUUAGAAAAUAUUGCAAAAAUUACCAAAAAAAAAAUAAUUUAUAUGAUAUUAUGUAUUUGCCAUGUGUUGCCAUGGUUUCAACAUCCACGUCUUCCACUGCGUAUUGUAAUUAGCAAGUAAACUGGUAGAUUUUAGUUAGACUUUUAGUGUUCGUUGACUUGUAUAUAAAAUCUAAUUAGGCUGCACAAAAAAUAUAUGUAAAAAAAAAAAAAAAAAUUCUGAAAAAAAAAUAACUUUUUGAAAGAUCAUCCGACCCUAAAUUUUUCAUACUUUUCUAAAUAAUUAAAAAAAUGAUUUGAUUUGAUCUACUGAUUUUUCUUUAAAUUUUAAUUUCUCUCAAUAAUAAUUGUAAAUUUCAGAUUGUAAGAAUUGUAAUUUCUUAAAUUUCACAUUGAAACUUGCACUUAAAAUCAAAAUCACUAUACUUUAUUAAACAGUAUUAAUUUCCCUAUGUGCCAAUUUCUUAUUGUUGAAUGUUUGUUUUUAUAAUUGUUCUUUUAGAAAAUGUUUCAAAAUAAACAGUAUUAUUCCCAAUGAUGCCAAACAAUGUACAAAGUUUUCAUGUUAAAAUGUUUUUAAAUGUGUCUUGACAAUUAAUUGUUGCCAUUCUACUUACCGGUAAUAAAAAUAGAUCACACUAAAUGUAAUAAAGAUUCUGGUGUAUUGAAUUUUUAUGCAAUUUGGUAUUCAUUUAUUAAUUCAGUACUGGUAUUAAAUUUUAAAAUGCAUUUCAGUAUUAGCAGAUGUAUAUUCAAUAUCAAAUUCAAUAUGGCCAUAAUUUUUUUAUUUUAAAAUACAUACUUUAUUCGGAGUAUUGCAAUUCAGUACUAACGGUGAAUCAUUUUAGUAUUCAGUAUUAAAAAUCUAUUCUUUUCCAAUUCAUCAUUAAAAUAUUAAAUGAAUUCAUAAUACAAUUCAGUAUUAUUACUAUUAAAAACUUAUACAGUAUUAAAAACCUAUUCAGUAUUACUCUUUAUUAUUCUAUUCAGUAUUAUUAUUUAUUAUUAUUUAAGUAUUCCGUUAGUAAAUUUUUAUAUAACAGUAUUAAACUUUUAUCUUCCCAUAAUUAAUAGAAAUAUAUUUACUUUCCGCAACUGCCAAAUAAUAUGGAAAUAAUAUACUCUUCGAUUAAUAUUUAGUCUUCCUUAGAUAAUUAAUUUUCCAGGAUGCCAAAUUGAUAUUAUUAAACUGUAAAUACUAUUUUUGAUGUUGUAGCUUGUGUGUAUGUGUGCGUGGGUGUAUGGAUGAAGGAUGGUUGCACCAAUCAAAAUGUUUGUUAUAACAAAAACUGUUUGCUGCCAGCUAGUACAGGGUGAAAUAUAGGUCUAAAAAAAUUAUUUAUCCACAAACUGCCUAGUUUUGCUCAACAUAAAUAGAAGAAUGCUACUCUAAGUUCUAAGCAAUAUUUAAAAACAAUCAAAUUGCUAUUUCUGGCAUCAACAAAUUUGACAAAUUGUUUUUUAGUAAUUACAAUAUUUAAAUAGUUUUCAGACAACACAUUUUUUUUAAAUAGCCCUUAAGAAAUGUCAUAAUUUUUGUAUUUAUAGUAUUUCUGUAUAAAAAAAUCUCCUUUUGUGCCAAGAACAACAUAGCUUAAAUAUUGAAAACUUUAUUUCCAACAUUGACCAACUCUGUUUUGUUUCAUUAUUUUAACUGACUGUGUAGGCUUACUUUUAUUGAAAUUAUCAAUAUACAAGUUACAAGUGCUUUGUGUUCAAUCAUAAUCUGUUACUCAUGUUGUAAAUUUUUAUCUCAUACAUCAGUACCUUAAAUACUCAAUAUUCGUGACCGUGAAUGUGGCAUAAUGUGUAUAUAGAUAUAUUAAAUACUCAAUAGUAUAUAUAUAUAUAAAUAAAUAAAUAAAUGUGUAUUAAUAGUAAUAUUGUAUGUUUUAUUCAUUGUCUUUAUUGUAUGAUGUCUUUUAACAGUUAAUUGUAUUUUUGUGCAGAACCAAUUAAAGAUAGACUGAUUUUUUUUGAAAAUUUUUCCAAAGCAAUAAAUUUGACAUGUUGUGAGUCAGGAUUUUUCAGAUUUGAUGUUCAUGUGUAAAUAUUAUUGGAUGAGGGUAAAAUCGUUUUAAAUAUUAAAUUUUUAAAAGAAUGAAAUCAGUCCAUUUUAUUGGUGUAAAAGUUCAGUUUUAAUAUUUUUUUAUUUCUGGUAAGACCUUAUUGAAUUAUGUUAUCACUAAAUUAAAGACACCCCUUUGAAGAUAGACCCUCCCAAAUUAUUUGACUAACCAUUGAAGUAAGAAGGUAAUUUGGAUGGGAUUAUUGGUCAUAACCCCUUUGAAGAUAGACCCUCCCAAAUUAUUUGACUAACCAUUGAAGUAAGAAGGUAAUUUAGAUGGGAUUAUUUAUCAUAACGGGAUGUUGAAUCUUCAAAUACUUAUUUUAAAAAGGCAUUUUACCGGAUUAAAUAAUAUUAGAUUCUGUAUUUAAAUUAUGUUGCAGAAAUCGUGUAAAUACUCAGCUUUUUUCUUGUUGUUAAAUAUAAUCUCGAUUUUAUCACUUGUUAAACAAUGGUGGUGGAAUAUUGAUAUCGGGAUUCUACAUGCGAAGAAAAGCCGUAGCAUUAAGAUCCAACUUUAGCUGUAGGUGUUUGUACAUCCAAACAUUUGUUAAAAGGAUCAAAGAAGUGCUAAAUCUGAUAUCAUUAUUUACAGCUACAGUAUUGUCACUCGUUACUCGAGAAAUUAGACGAAUCAUUUGAUUGGUCGUCGAUGAGUUUUCUAGUCAUUUGAAAAUUCCUAGAUUUAUAUUUAUUUUUUCAUGGCACAGAAUUAGAACAUGGGUCUUUGGAGAAUAUAUAUUUUGUAAAUUGAAUUAUUUCAAUGAAAUAAAACAUUUUGAAUUUAUUGAUUGAUAGAAUUGAAAUAAUAAUAAUUAUAUUUUAGGGAGCUUUAAAUAUCAAAACCAGAUCAAGAAUUUCAAAAUUUCUCCAGAAUCCUUAUCUUCUAAUUUUUGUUGUCAUGAAAACUAAAUAAUCUAGAAUAUGUAUAUUUUGAAUGUUAUUUUCUUUUUGUCAUAAAUGUCAUCUCAUUUUUUUCCAGAAAUGUUAACGCUUAAUCAAUUCCAUUCAUUUUAAAAGUUACUCACUUGUUAAACUUUCUACAAAUUCCUCUUGUUAAGAUUUGGGGACAUUCCAAAAAUCCUUUGAAAAAAUCUGUUGAUUUAUUGUAAAUUUUGUAACAGAAAUUAUUGUUUCGUUAUUUGGAUGUUUUGAUCCCCUUCUGUGUGUUCAACAUUUAAUUUUAAAAUUUAAGACUUAUUUUCAAAGUUUUGAUUUAAAAUGUUUUAAUCCAAUCUUUUUCCUAGUUUUUGUUUCUCCCUGUUAAUUUAAUGACAUUUUAUUCUUUGUGUAAUUAAUUUUUCAAUGAAAUAAGACAUUGGUUUGAGAAUGAAAAAAGGUUUCAAAAUUAAUCUAAAUUGAUUUCCUUUUUCAACAUGUUAAUGAAAUCCAAAAAGCGACAGAAACAGUUACCAAUAGUUAAUAAAUAUUAUAAAAGUUCAUGGGAGAGUUAGCAUCUGUCUAUUAUAGGUAUUAAAAUUAUGCAUAUUUUAUUGUGGUCAAAAAAAUAAAAAUUUAAUAUAUUUGAAGAAGUAAAAUUUAUUCACAAUUUAAUAUUUUUUUGGGACCAAUUUACAAAAUAGUAUUAAAUUAUUAGAAUUUUGAGAGUAGAAUACUGUUAAAUUAAUUAACUUAAAUUACCUUGAACUAAAGGUGUGACUUUUAAACAGCAUUUAAAUUAAAUAUACUCUUUAGGAAAUAAUAUUUUAAGAAACUACCCAAUGAUAUAUUAUGAAUUAUAUAAUGUAGUAAUAGCUUAUUCAGAUUUAUCAUAAAAUGUGGUCAGCUAGUCCCAAAUUUGUAUUAUAUUAUAAUUUUAUACAGUAUAUUAUUAUUAAUUGUGUACAAUUCCUGUAUCUUCAUUAUGUAAGACUAGUCCUUUUAUAAAUGUUUAUUCAUGUUCUCUAUAUAUAUAGACAGUAGAUGGCCUUAAUUUGGACAUAAUGACCAUAUGUGUCAAUAUACAUGUGGUCAUGUGAUGUUAUCCAUGAAUGGUUAGCCUCAGGCUUUUACCUUUAUUAGGAUGUAAUGAAUAUUCAUAACCUCUGUUAAAUAAACCAUAUUAUUUCAAA